UGUCUCGCUCAACCCAAACAAUCCACAAAGCCACAGCAUAAAACCGUAGAAAGAAACACGGGCAACAGAUCGAGAAGGAAAGGAAUGUCUGAAACCGAAGAAGUAGAAACUCGCUCCGUUUCCGCUCUGAAAACCCUCGUCGACUCCUUCAAAAUCCUCCAAACCAAUCUCAGUCUCUUCAUUUCCAUUUUUGUCCUCACCACUCUCCCACUCUCUCUCCUUUCCUUCGCCCUCUCUCUCUAUUCCCACCCUCUCCAACUCAAAAUCUACAGCCUUGAAGCCCUUGCGCUGUUGUCACCUACCCGGACCGAAGCUCGGCAUGUUUGGGAAGAAUCCCGAGCCGACUUGCUCACUCUGCUCCGGUUUAAGGCUCUCUUUUUCCUUCCUUCUUAUGUUAUCUCCCUCUUGGCCACGAUAACGUCCGUUAACUCGACGGCACUGGCGUUCUCCGGGAAACGGCCGAGUUGCCAAACGGCGAUCGCAGCAGUCCAGGCGAGUUGGAAGAGACCGUUGGCUACGUCCAUAUAUGCGUUUGCGAUCUUGUUGGCUUACGAGUUCGUGCCGCUGACGUGCUCGGCGGUGGUGGGGGGUGGCGCACGUGCGAGGUGGCUGGUGGCGGUGAUCGGGGCGGCGGUGGAGGUGUAUUUGAGGGCGGUUUUGGGCCUGGCGUUGGUGGCUUCGGUGGGGGGGUUGAGGGUUGUGAUGGACGGUCAGGAUUGGGUGAUGAAAAUCGGCCUGGCUUGCUUGUUUGGGUUGCUUAUCCUUUGGAGCUAUGUCGUUAAUACUGUGUUAUAUUGCGAAUGCAGCAGAAGUAGGACUUGGCAGCUUGAUAGAGUGGAUAAUGGCCUACCGUUUAAAUUUGUUUCUUCACAAGUUUUGUGAGUAGAGAAGGUUCUUGUGAUUUUCUUCUUUUGAUCUUUCCGGUGGUGGGCCCACUUUAGUUACAUUCUAUGCCAAAGUGGUUCUGGAUUUUGAUUAGAUUGUACUAAUUGUAGUACAGAAUAGUCUUUCAAUUCCAUUGUACUGGAUUUCAAUUUGAUGGUGAUAACUGAUAAGCACCUCGUCACAUUUGGAUGAUAUCGGGUCAAUAUCUGGGUUUGUAGAUAAUACAGACAUUUUUGAAGUGGGUCUGGGCUUGGAUUGGCUAACCAACUGCCGGUCUGAAUUGGUUGAAUUUUGUGAACCCGUUAACCCGGGAAUUUGGGGUUGGCGGGUCGGGUCGUUAGGUGCACACUCUAGAACCUAGA